UGGGAUAUGAUCAUAUUUCACUGAAAAGAUUUGAUAUCAACAUGAUCCAGUGGCAAGUCAUAUUAUUGUGUGUGACAUGGAGGCUACAAACAGCAUCAUCCCAAACCCAUGAAGUGGUGUGUCCUGGUACGCAGAACGGACUGAGCUCCACAGGUUCUCAGGAGACACAGUACAACCUGAUAAAGGACCGGUAUGACGGUUGUGAGAUCAUCAUGGGAAACCUGGAGAUCACUCAGAUUGAGAGUAACUGGGACUUCUCCUUCCUCAAGACAAUCCGCGAGGUGACCGGCUACGUCCUCAUUGCCAUGAACCACUUUCAGGAGAUUCCUCUUGGGCAGCUGCGGGUCAUCAGAGGAAACAGUCUCUAUGAGAGACGCUUUGCUCUCUCUGUUUUGUUCAACUACCCUAAGGAUGGCUCCAAUGGCCUGCGGCAGCUGGGGCUCGCGAAUCUGACAGAGAUCCUGGAGGGAGGAGUGCAGAUUAUCAACAACAAGUACCUGAGUUAUGGCCCCUGGAUCUUCUGGCAAGAUAUCAUCAGGGACAACAGUGCUCCUAUUGACAUCCAGUACAACGGAGAGAGAGGCCCAUGCCACAAAUCGUGUGGGGAUUACUGCUGGGGGCCAAAUGAGGACCAGUGUCAGAUCUUGACUAAGACAGUGUGCGCUCCACAGUGUAAUGGCCGCUGUUUUGGGACGAGCCCCAGGGACUGCUGUCACAUAGAGUGUGCAGCGGGAUGUAAAGGCCCUCUGGACGUGGACUGUUUUGCAUGUCGUCAUUUCAACGACUCUGGAGCCUGCGUGCCCCAGUGUCCCCAAACUUUGAUUUAUAACAAGCAGACGUUUCAGAUGGAAACCAACCCUAACGCCAAAUAUCAGUACGGAUCCAUCUGCGUCUCCCAGUGUCCCACCCACUUUGUGGUGGACGGUAGCUCCUGUGUGAGCGCUUGUCCUCCAGACAAGAUGGAGGUGGAGCGAGAAGGCCACAGGCAAUGUGAGCUCUGCAGUGGACUCUGCCCAAAAGUGUGUGAAGGCACUGGUGCUGAACACAGACAGACUGUGGACUCCAGCAACAUCGACAGCUUCAUCAACUGCACCAAGAUCCAGGGCAGCCUACACUUCCUGGUCACUGGGAUUCUUGGGGAUGACUUCAAAAACAUCCCACCACUGGAUGCCAAAAAGCUGGAAGUAUUUCGCACCGUCAGAGAAAUAACAGAUAUCUUAAACAUCCAGUCAUGGCCCAAAGAACUCAACGACCUGUCUGUUUUCUCGAGUCUCACAACCAUUCAAGGGAGGUCGCUCUACAAGCGUUUUUCUCUGAUGGUGAUGCACAUCCACACUCUUACCUCACUGGGUCUGCGCUCUCUCCGGGAGAUCAGUGAUGGCAGCGUGUACAUCAGUCAGAAUGCCAAUCUCUGUUACCACCACACUGUAAACUGGCCGCAGCUGUUCAGAGGCCACAGAGUUCGAGUCAACAACCUUAACAACAACAGGCCACUGGCAGAGUGCGUUGCGGAGGGCCAUGUGUGUGAUCCGCUGUGUUCAGACUCAGGUUGUUGGGGCCCGGGGCCCGACCAGUGUCUCUCCUGUAGGAACUUCAGCCGAGACGGCACAUGUGUGGGCAGCUGUAACUUUCACACUGGAGCUCCCAGGGAAUUUGCGGGCCCUGAUGGCGAGUGUGUCGCCUGUCAUCCAGAGUGUAAGCCUCAAAGUGGGAAAGUCAGCUGUACUGGACAGGGUGCAGACAAGUGUGUGGCAUGUGCCAAUCUUCGAGAUGGUCCUUACUGCAUGUCCUCUUGUCCCACUGGAGUGAACGAUGGACAGAGGGGACUGAUCUUCAAAUACCCCAACAGGGAGGGUCACUGUGAACCAUGUCACCACAACUGCACACAGGGGUGCUCAGGCCCAGGAUUGAAUGACUGUUUAGAGGCAGCCAGGCUGGCAGUAAGUAGCGGUCAGAUCACAGGCAUAGCUUUAGGAGUCCCGGCCGGUUUGAUUCUCUGCCUGGUGUUGUUUUUCCUGGGUUUGCUGUACCACCGAGGCCUGGCCAUCCGCCGCAAGAGGGCCAUGAGGAGGUACCUGGAGAGUGGAGAGAGCUUUGAGCCGCUGGGUCCCGGAGAAAAAGGUACCAAGGUUCAUGCUCGCAUCCUGAGACCCUCAGAGCUGAAAAAAAUCAAAGCCCUUGGCUCAGGAGUUUUUGGUUCAGUGCACAAGGGUUUUUGGACUCCAGAGGGAGAAACAGUGAAGAUCCCUGUGGCCAUUAAAACCAUCCAGGACAGCUCAGGCCGACAGACGUUCACUGAGAUCACUGAUCAUAUGCUGUCCAUGGGCAGCCUGGAUCAUCCCUAUAUCGUUAGGCUGCUGGGCAUCUGUCCAGGUCCCAGUCUGCAACUGGUGACCCAGCUUAGUUCACAGGGCUCCUUACUGGAGCACAUCAGACACCACAAGAACAGCCUGGACCCCCAGCGUCUGCUUAACUGGUGUGUGCAGAUUGCUAAAGGUAUGUACUAUUUGGAGGAGCACUGCAUGGUCCACAGGAACCUGGCUGCCCGCAACAUCCUGCUGAAGAACGACUACCAGGUCCAGAUCUCUGACUACGGUGUCGCAGACCUCCUUUAUCCUGACGACAAGAAAUAUGUCUACACUGACACCAAGACACCCAUAAAAUGGAUGGCUCUCGAGAGCAUCUUGUUUCGAAGAUACACUCAUCAAAGUGACGUGUGGAGUUAUGGGGUGACAGUGUGGGAGAUGAUGUCAUUCGGGGUGGAGCCGUAUGCAUCCGUUCAGCCUCAGGAGGUGCCGAGUCUGCUGGAGAAGGGCGAGCGACUGUCACAGCCCCACAUCUGCACCAUAGACGUCUACAUGGUCAUGGUAAAAUGCUGGAUGAUCGAUGAAAAUAUAAGGCCAACCUUCAAAGAGCUGGCCAGUGACUUUACUCGUAUGGCAAGAGACCCACCCAGAUACCUUGUCAUCAAGUUGGAAGGAGGAGAAGCUGCUUCGGUAGAGAUCCAUCGAAGAGAAUCAGAACGUGGUCUUCUGGAGGCAGAUUUUGGAGCUCAAGACGAUGAGGGGCUGGAGGAUGGUUUGACUACUCCUCCUCUCCAACACUCUCCAUCCUGGAGUUUUUCUCGUUCACGGAUUAAUUCUUACAGGAGUGGUACCUCUCAGGUUGGACCCAUUGGAUACCUGCCAAUGACCCCCAGCCCUGUGGACAGCAUCCGCCAGCUCUGGCUUCAGAGGACUCGACUGAGCUCGGUGCGGACGCUGCCGGAGAGGUCAGAGUUCAGGGGGAGCGGCAGAGAGGCAGAGCUGCGAGAGGAAGGUUUAUGGACGGGGAGUCUUCACCGGGCCAGGUUCGGCUCUGAGAGGGGUACUCCCCGAAUAUCCAUCAACCGGCACAGGAAACUCUCAUCAGCGUCAAGUCCAUCCUCAUAUAAAGUGUGGACGGCAGAAGAGGAGGAGGAGGUGGACCACUAUGGCUACGUCCUGGCUGGGUCACCUGUUACUCCAGAGAGAGUUUGCAGAGCCUCGCACUCUGGGCAAAGACACUCAAGACUCAAGACUAAUCUGUCUCUCGUGGUGAUAAAUCCCUCUCAGGACUACGAAAUCAUGAGCAAAGAGUCUGGUGCUUCUCCUUGCUUGACCGGCGGUGUCUUAACAGAUGUCUCUUCGGUGGGGGUUUGCCGUAAAACACCACCUUUACCCUCUCCAUCCUUCACGGCUCUGGAUGCGGCUCAUGUGGAAACUCUGACACCAGUCCCAGCUGUACAAAGCCAGAAAGUCGAUGAGUAUUGUGAAAGAGGUGUUACAGAGCAGAAAGACUUAACAGAGACACAUGAGCUCACUGAGGACUGUGACGGUGGGAUCAGAGCUGUGGUCGACCCAGGAGAGGCCGCUCAAGCGAUAGGCAGGUAUGAAUACAUGGAUAUCAGGCGAUCCGACUCAACGGAGGGAGAGGAUCCAGCAUGGGAGAGACGUGGGAGUCAAACAUCUGAAGCAGAUGAAGCAGACCAAACAGUGGAGGUGUUGAAAAAAGAGCUUGAGGGGGAAGAGGAAGAGGAGAAAUACCACAACAAAAAUAAACAACACGCACUUCAGGGGUGCGGUAUGGUCAUGCCCAGGCCAGAUGUGCUGACAGCUGGGGGAGAUAUGGUGGAGGAGUAUGAGGAGAUGACCAGAUUUGAAGUGGUGCCCAGCGGGUGGGAGCAGGCAGACUACCAGAACCUCCCAGUGAAGGGGAGGGCUGUUUCUGAGGAGGUGGGUGGUGGCAGGUGUGCAGGAAUCGGGGGAUACAUCAAGGUGUGUGCAGGCAUGGGGGAGCCCGGCAGCAACACAUCAUUUGACAACCCUGACUACUGGCACAGCAGACUGUUUCUCAAGCCAGAUGCUGUACGUACCUAAUAAUGUGGACUGGGACGGAGACAUCGCAACAGUUACUUUACUUCCUGUCAUAAAUGUGGCUGUUUUGUAAAGUUUUCCAGCUUUUUAUUUUCGCUUUCCAGUAUUUAAUUCACUUUGAGAAAUAAAGUUGAUAAAAGAAAGCACACUUUCACAGAUUUACGCUGCAGAGGUGGGAGUAAGUCACUCAUGUGUAAGUCUCAAGCAAAUCUCAAGUCUUAGCCUUCAAGUUUCAAGCAAGUCCCAAGUUACUGUGGUCAUGUGAAAUUCUUUUACGUUCACUUUCUACAUCACCUUUAAGACACAUUCUUUUUCCUUUGUUUUGGGGUUUUGAAUGAUGGAUACAGUUGUGGUGGUCAUGUCACUGAUUUUUGAGCUGCAGAAGUUAAAUAUUGCUGUUUCUCCUAUUUUUUUUUUUUUUUUACUGACAACAACACAGUCCUUUAAUGCAAAUUUGAUCAUUUUUGGACUAUUGUACACUCCUCCGUGAUAGCAGACAUGUGUUGGCCUCUGUUGGUUUGCUACAUCCUAGAAGGUUGCCUGGUUGGAGUGCAUUGCACUUGAAAAUCACCCCAUUGUGUUUCAAAAACCAAACUUAUCUUUUCAAUAUCAAGAAAAAUGCAAAUAUUUCAUUAAAAAAGUCAAGUACUUUUAAGUCAUCUGCCUCAAGUCUACGUCAAGUCCAAAGUCAUGAAUAUCAAGUCAAAGCUAUCAAGUCUUUUAUCACUGUUAUUCAAGCGAGUCUGACUCGAGUCAAGUCAUUUGACUCAAGUCUACCCACCUCUGUCAGGCACUGUAAGGGUAUAAAACCAAAUUUGAGUUGAUACAGACCCAAAGAGUUUGAAAUACCAUCAAUACUUG